CAACAUACGUCACAGGAACGGUUACCCGGCAAAUUGUAGGCUCUCGGACACGAGAGAAAGUUAUUAAUUUCAGUUUCAUUCUUCCCGAGCAACAGUUCAGUGUUCUGUGAUUAAAAAUAAGUUGUUCGAUAUUUGUAGCCAAUAAUAAAACAGUUCUAUAUAAAUUAACAUCACUGUGAACCAGAAGACUACUACAAUAAAAUAUAAAACUUACGUAUUCUUUGAAGAACCACCACAAUGAACCAAGACAAAGAUGUAUAUGAAGAGGAGUAUGUAGACGUGCGUUCCUUGCCCUUGAGGCCGCCGCAGCCACUGGUGCAGCCCGAGAAGGCAGUGCGCCGUCCUUGGCAUCCCGUCAUGUACAACCAUACGACCAGCGCUAUCGCUACGAAAGAUCAAGAUGAAAACGAUGAAAAUGAUAACUCCCGCCUCGGAUCCAAGGAAUUCCCGCACUCGCAGCGCAUACGUAAUUUGAAGAGACUUAUAGCUGAAGGGAAAGUGAAACCCGAGGCCGAGACACUUAUAUUCUUCCUGUGCAAUAAAUUCGCAAUCUCAGAAGAGAGACAGGCUAGGAUUAAAUAUUAAUUAUAUAUAAUGAUUAUAACAUAUCAUAAGAAAUGUAACUGAAACAUGUAGCUCGGAUACUUUGCAACGAUUUGUCAUUUUUAAGGUUCAGUUCAAAGUCAUAAGCUACGCAAAGUAAUUCCUGUUUUAUUAUCAUUACAAUUUUGUACUUUUAUUAUUAUAAUGUUGACAUCACUAACAAUGUUGUUAUAACUUAAUAAUGUUAAUAAUUUUUAGUCGGUAAAUUAAUUAAAUAAUAAAAUUACUUUUUUUAGUUCUUAACAAACCUGAAUAAUCAUUAUAUGGUAUAUUUUUAAUAAUAUUCUUUUUCGUUUUAAUAUUUUCGAACAAUAUGUUGUAAUAAAUUAUCGAAUUUAUACUAAAUUGUGUGAAAUGAGAAUAAAAUAAAAUGUAUUUUUUAAAAUACAUAGCUAAAAUAAAUAAUGAGUAAGAGAAAA